AUGGCCUUGGGGCUCUUGAAAGCCAGGAGAGAAAAGACAUUCGUGUCAUUCCAUGAUGUGGCUGUGGACUUCACCCAGGAAGAGUGGCAGCUGUUAAGUCAUGCUCAGAGGACCCUGUACAGGGAAGUGAUUCUGCAAAACUACAGCAACCUAGUCUCCUUGAGAAUUUCAUUUUCCAAACCAACACUUGUCAUUCUGCUAGAGUGCGGAGAAGAGCCCUGGAAAGAGGAGAGAGGACAUCAGCCCAGCCCCUGUUCAGGAGAUCCAAAGCCAGAAAUUCCACCUUAUUCCUCCUCCGUUCUGGUCUUCUGUGGUCAGCAAUUGCAUCAACACGUGCUGUAUGAUCAUCACCUUCCAAUCUGUCCAGGCUUGUUUGCAGGAACCCUCCAGAGAGCAGAUCUCUGCCCAGCAGACCAGAAGCAGCAGCUGCAGCUCUUCUCUUAUGAAAGCUUCUGGGGUGACAGAGUGGAAGGUGAAGACAGAGAAGGUGGCUCCAAAUCUUUGUUUGGGAGGACAAGGGAGAGAGUUACCUCAAGAACUUUCUCCAGCCCAUCUGAAGAACAGCUAUUAAGCUCAAGGGAAAGCAAGACAGUGAUGGAAAUAAGGUUCAGCUCAUCUGGGAAGCCAAAACCUUUAGAAACAGACAAAGCAUUAAAGCGGGUAGAAAUCUCGGGAUUUGAGGUAGUCAUUUGUGGAAAUUGUGGGCUCGGCUUUAACCAGAAAUUGACUCUCUUUAGUCAUCAGAGGACUCUCUUAGGAGGAAAGCCUUAUUUCUGCAGUGAGUGUGGCCGAAGCUUUAGCUAUAAAUCAACUCUCAUCACACACAAGAGAUCACACACGGGGUAGAAGCCUGACCUCUGCAGAGAGUGUGGGCAAACCUUCAGCCAGAAGUCAAACCUAGUCACACACAAGAUGGCACACCCUGGGGAAAAGCCCUUUGCAUGUGAGGAUUGUGGGCGAAGCUUUAGCCAGAAGUCAAUCCUCAUCAGACACCUUCGAACACACUCAGGGGAGAAGCCCUUUGUGUGCCAGGAGUGUGGGCGAGGCUUCAGGGCUAAGUCAAACCUUAUCACACACCAGAGGACCCACUCGUGGGAGAAGCCUUACAUCUGCAGGGACUGUGGGAGGCUUUUUUGAGAUAAAUCCACUCUCAGCAAACACCAGAGGAUUCAUUCAGGGGAGAGUCCUCAUUUGUGCAAUGAAUGUGGCUGGAGCUUUAGUCAGAAGUCAUAUCUCAUUAAACACAAGAGGACACACUCAGGAGAGAAGGCUUUUGUGUGUCAGGAGUGUGGGCGAGGCUUCAGUGAUAAGUCAAACCUUACCACACACCAGAGGACACACUCAGGAGAGAAGCGUUACGUGUGCUAG